CCACGGUGUGAUGUUUUUUUGUUUGUUUUAGCUCUGGAAGGAACCCGAAGGAACCCCCCAAUGUAGGACAGACGGCGUACAAGCUCCUCUCAAUGUCAACACUCUUGCAGGCGAGGGUGAGAACGAACUCCGACCACAGCAAGCAAGGCCGAGUCAGGGAGUCGAACCCAGGCGCCCUGCUGUGAUGUUGCCACCGCUCCACGCGAACACGGCGGCGAGCCGGGGUCGCCAUGGAGACCGGGUCACGUGGGUGGGGCUCGGGACACGGAAGAGAAUCGGCGUCCCCUCUCCCGUCUCGUCUCCCCGCGUCCCCUCUCUCGUCUCCUCUCUCUCGUCUCCCCUCUUUCGUCUCCUCUCCUCGCCACCCCUCUCUCGUCUUUCCGCGUCCCCUCUCUCGUCUCCUCUCUCGGCUCCCCCUCCCACGUCGUGUCUCGGGCUCCCAGGGAGCCGUCUCUUGGGGGUGAGCCGCAGCUCGACUCCGCGCCGCCCUAGCCGCCCCCUGAGGCACGGCGACGCGAGCGCUGGGUAUUCCAAAGUGCAGCAGCGGCGAACACGCGGGGAGUUGCUUCGUGUGGAACGGGGCUCAUUCCACCAAGAUCCCAAGCACACCGCGUCGAUUUUAAACCCGUCUCGUACGGACGAUACGGACGUCGCAGUGCUUCCCAGCGCCGUGCAGCGAUGAGAUUCCUGCUGGGGCUGCUGCUGGCGUCAGUCGGCCACUGGCUGCCGAUCGUGCUGACGAGCACCAUGGUGGCGAUGGUGUUCGCGCAAGGGAACCUGCUCAUCCUGGGCCAGGGAGCGGCCGAAGAGGGCUCGUGGGAGUCACUGCCCUCUCUGCUUCUUGCCUGGCUGCUGCUGGUUGGGGUGCUCGGUAACAUGGGACUCUUCAUGUGGAGGGAUCCGAGCAUCAAGAGGGUGUUUCUGCCAUCCCACCAGGGUCAAGGAUGGAGGUACUGCCUACCACUGCGAGAGCUACGUCCCUCCACGCAGCCACCACUGCUUCGAGUGCCACGUGUGCGUGCUGCGCCGCGACCAACCACUGCGUGUUCUUCGGCCGCUGCGUCGGGUUCGCCAACUUGCCUGCGUUCGGUCGCCUGCCUCCUGCACCUGUGGCUGGGGCUGCUCUAUUCGCUGGUGCUCAAUGCGCACACGCUCGUCGCCCUGGUGCAGCAGGGCUUCAGCGUCCGCCUGCUGCUCUCGCUGUUCAUGCCCUGGCUCAUGUGGAUCCUGGGUGAGUGACUGGAGCUCCGUUUGAUAUCUUCAUCAUCGGCCGACAGGUGCUGAGGUUUCUAAUUUGAGCUGGGCCGAUUGGUAGAUUAAGUUGGUUAAUCGAAUACUUUUUUGCGGGCGAUUACUUGAUUCCAUUAAUGAGUGUUUGGCUUUGUGUGGGAGGAAACUGGAGGAUCUGGAGAAAACCAAAACGUAUGAGGGGCUGAAACUGAAAGCUCUGCACAGAUAGUUCAUUUAAACAUCGUUGACUCAUUGCUGUGCUUGCCAUUUACUGGCCACCUCAAAGAUAGGAGUAGGACGAUCUUGAUUGUCGGUGAGUUUGGUGCAUCCUUUGAUAACAUUCUAACUCAGAAAACUUCCAGCUGUAGCAGAAACACAUUGACACUUUGAGUUCCGCAGAUGGCACGCGUUGAUGACAUGGAAGGAAUUGUGCCGCAAGUUGCGUCUCAUCUGCCGUCGGCGGUUUGCCGGCGCUUGCGUGUGUUCGUGUUCGGCGUGCCGGCCAAAAUUGGAUUCAUGGGAUUUUCCUGAGCACGUCGUCGCCGAUAUGAGCUUCGUGGGAUUCCUGUUCGUGAGUGGUAUGCUGGCGUUCCACAUGUGGAUUGUGGCGCAUGGCCAGACGUCGGCAGAGUGGACGCACGGCUUCAAGCGCUACGAUCUGGGCCUCCAAAGAAACCUGCAGCAGACCCCUGGGCGACCGCUGGUACCUGCUGUGGCUCUCCCCGUUCCUCCCGGCGCGACUCCCACCGGGGACGGGAUUCCACUUCACUGAGGGACACUCGGCAGCGCCCCAAACGGCGUCCGGGCGCCGGCGGCACCCUCGCGGCGUGGUUGCUCGCAACGGUCAAGAAUCUCUGAGUCGGCGGACACCUGGGUGGCCGCGGUUCAUCCGUUACUCCAAGAGCUGAAGUGUCGGCUGAUUUAAACGAUCGCCAGCGCGGCACCGUUGCGCCCUCCUUGUGUGAGUCGGGGUUAGCGGCGGCGCCAGAGGUGGGUCCCACGAGACCGGCGCCUUGAUCUCAGGAGAUGAUGUGAACAAAAACGCUCUAUUGCGCCGCUUGGUUUUGUUUUUAUUGUUUUUAUAUUUUCUGACUUGUCAAUCAGGUGCAUGUUGGCUCGAUUUUGUACGAUGUACUGAUGUGUGUGCCACCAUCGUGAUGUUUUACAUAAUAAAUGCGAGAUGACCUUUGGC